AUGUCGCUUGCGAACCUCCCGCACACUCUUGACGUGGAGCGGCAGCGGCCCUACGAGCCGCCGAACGCGAUCGACCCGAUCCCCUACUUCCCGCAGGACGUCCACCCCGUCCUCUCGAGCCGCGAGAUCUACCACCAUUUCGACCUCGAGACGCUCUUUUUUAUCUUUUAUUACCACCAAAAGUCCUACCAGCAGUACUUCGCGUCGAAGGAGCUCAAGGCGCACUCCUUUCGCUUUCACACGGAGCUCAAGCGGUGGUACCAGCGCCGCGAGAAGCCAAAGGAGACCACCGCGAAGAGCGAACGAGGGUCCUACACCUACUUUGACUACGAGGAUACCUGGCAAAAGCAAACCGUCGAUGACUUUGUCUUUGAGUACAGGUUUCUAGAGGACGAAUUAAACUGA